AUGCAGAACGCCGCGCACUGGCAGACGAGUGAGUUGGCGUGCGCCAUCUCCUACCGCCUGCUGGAGGGCGAGGCGGCCGAAGGCUACAAGCAUGGACUGGUAGCGCGCGUGGGCGUGCCCAGCAAGUACGUGGCACCGCUCGUGGACCGCGCGUUUGCGCUGCACCCCGCUAUGUACACAGUCGUGGAGGAGGACGAGGAGGCUCCCGACGGGCUUCCGGACUUGAUCUGGGACGAGUACGAAAAUCUGGACUGGAAGAGCGUCCUGGCCGGAAAGGUGGUGGCCAACGCCUACUGCGUGCGCAAGGGCCUCUCGCGCAAGGCGCAGCUGUCCAUCUACCUGUCCAAGUACAUCAUGAAGCACCCGGACUGCAAGCUGAGCAAGGCACUGCCCCGUACGCUCGUGGUGGAUACGUGGGAGGCGUACGACGAGAGCAUGGCUCAGUUUGGCAUCUCGUUCCGCCAGCGACUGGACUCGUGUCUGUGGGAAGUGAAGCAGACUCUGGAGACGGAGGGAAAUACGUGGAUCAUGAAGCCCAGUGCCACCAACAAGGGCGCCGAGGUUAACGUGAUCAAGGACUUCAAGAAGUUGCGCAGUAUCGUCAACGAGUGGACCGACAUUCGCGAGUGGGUCGUGCAGGAGUACAUCCAGCGUCCGCUGCUGCUUCGCGGCCGCAAGUUCCACAUCCGUGUAUAUGUUCUCGCUGUCGGCGGUCUCAAGGUCUACGUGUACCAGCACUGCCUCGUGCUGUGUGCUCUUGAGCAGUACCGCGAGGCUGAUACGGACAACAACUACUCGCACAUUACCAACACGUUCCAACAGCAAAGCCACCCGGACUUUGUCGAGAGCGAGUGCGUUUUGCUUCUGGACGACAUCGAAGAGAUUCUUACCGAGCAAGGCAUCCCUGAUGCUGCUGGCAAGAAGGCUAAGAUUCUUGCUGACAUUGGUCACAUCACUGCUGAGACUUUUGACGCGUACAAGGGCGAGUUCUCGGUCUUCCAGCCACUGCCCAACUGCUUCGAGAUCUAUGGCGUGGACUUCAUGGUCGAUGAGGACUUCAACGUGUGGCUCCUGGAGUUCAACCCCGGUCCGGACUUCAAACAAACUGGUGACCGCCUUCAUUUCGUGAUCUGUGACCUGAUGGCCGAUACUCUGACCGUCGUCACGAACGAGUUCUUUUCAGAGGACGAGGACUCGUCGGCAAAGGACAAGGCCGAUAUCGGUGCAUUUGCGGAGGUGUACGAUCAGCAGUGGGGGGCCCUUUCCAAGGAGCGCGCAUCCAUGAAGUUUGUGGAGUAG